GGGCGGGAUGGGAGUUCUAUGGGGCCUAAUGGGGCAGAAGGGGGUCCUAGGGUGUUCUAUGGGGCUCUAUGGGGCGGAAUGGGGGCCCUCUGGGCCAUAAUGGGUGUCCUAUGGGGCAGAAUGGGGCUCUAUGGGGCUCUAUGGGGUGGAAUGGAUGUCCUAUGGGGCCUAAUGGGGCUCUAUGGGGCGGGAUGGGGGCCCUAUGGGUCGUACUGGGUGUCCUAUGGGGCGGAAUGGGUGUCCUAUGGGGCAGAAUGGGUGUCCUAUGCGUGUGAGGGGCGCUAUGGGGCGCAAUGGGGCUCUAUGGGGCGGGAUGGGUGACCUACGGGGUUCUAUGGGGCUCUAUGGGGCGGAAUGGGGUCCUAUGGGUCAUAAUGGGUGUCCUAUGGGGUGAAAUGCGAUCCUAUGGGGCGGAAUGGGUGUCAUAUGGGGCGGAAUGGGGCUCUAUGGGGCAGAAUGGCUGACCUAUGGGGCGGAAUGGCUGACCUAUGGGUCAUACUGGGUGUCAUAUGGGGCUCUAUGGGGCGGAAUGGGGCCCUAUGGGUCAUAAUGGGUGUCCUAUGGGGUGGAAUGGGGCUCUAUGGGGCGGAAUGGGUGUCCUAUGGGGCGGAAUGGGUGUCCUAUGGGGUGGGAUGGGUGCCCUAUGGGUUAUAUGAGAUUCCCUAUGGGUUAUGUUGGGUCUCCUAUGGGUUGCAAUGGCUGCCCUGUGGCUUAUAUAGGGUGCGCUAUGGGGUCACACUGGGUGCCCUGUGGAUUAUAUGGGGUCUCCUAUGGGUUAUAUUGGGUUCCCUGUGGGGUCACACUGGCUGCCCUAUGGGUUAUAUUGCGUCUCCUAUGGGUUAUAUUGGGUCUCCUAUGGGUUGCAAUGGGUCUCCUAUGGGUUGCAAUGGCUGCCCUGCGGCUUAUAUGGGGUGCGCUAUGGGGUCACUCGGUGUGCCCUAUGGGUUACAUGGGGUUCCCUAUGGGUUAUAUGGGGUUUCCUGUGGGUUAUACUGGGUCUCCUAUAGGUUAUAUUGGGUGCCCUAUGGGUUGUAUUGGAUUCCCUAUGGGGUCGCAAUGGGUGCCCUAUGGGUUCAAUUCGGUUCCCUAUGGGUUGCAAUGGGUCUCCUAUGGGUUGCAAUGGCUGCCCUGUGGCUUAUAUGGGGUGCGCUAUGGGGUCACACUGGGUGCCCUAUGGGUUAUAUGGGGUUUCCUAUGGGGUCACACCGGGUGCCCUAUGGGUUAUAUGGGAUUCCCUAUGGGUUAUAUUGGGUCUCCUAUGGGUUGCAAUGGGUCUCCUAUGGGUUGCAAUGGCUGCCCUGUGGCUUAUAUGGGGUGCGCUAUGGGGUCACACUGGGUGCCCUGUGGAUUAUAUGGGGUCUCCUAUGGGUUAUACUGGGUGCCCUAUGGGGUCGCACUGGGUGCCCUAUGGGUGAUAUGGGUGCCCUAUGGGUUAUAUUGGAUUCCUAUGGGUUCUAUGGGGUCUCCUAUGGGUUGCAAUGGCUGCCCUGCAGCUUAUAUGGGGUGCGCUAUGGGGUCACACUGGGUGCCCUAUGUGUUAUAUUGGGUUCCUUAUGGGGUCACACUGGCUGCCCUAUGGGUUAAAUGGGGUUUCGUAUGGGUUGUAAUGGGUGCCCUAUGGGUUAUAUGGGAUUCCCU